AUGCGCCUCAGUGUUAACGAGCCUUCAUUAGUGUUCAGAGCAGUGCACUUCUAUGGUUCCGUGAAGGCGGAGGACCUGGAGGCGCCUGGAGGACGCGACUGCGGAGCGGACGAGGACGCCGGCCCUGGGGACCAAGGCGCCGUGGAGGGCGAGCACCUGGAGGCCCCCGAGUCUGGAGGGCGGCACUGCGGAGCGGACGGCGACUCUGGAGGCGAAGGCCCCGUCCCGGCGGAGACCCCGCAGCUGGUCAUCAGCGGCACCUUCUCGCUGGCUGGCCCGGCCGGCGGUGCGGGGCAGGUGGAGCAGGCCUCGCGGCGGCAGCGAGGCGGGAAGGCGCGGCUCGCGUACAAGUGCGGGGAGUGCGGCAAGAGUUUCCGGGCCGAGGCGGACCUGCGGAAGCACCUGGCGGGGCACUCCAAGGCGGGGCGGCACGCGUGCGGAGUGUGCGGCAAGCAGUGGACUUUGGCAAGGGAUCUGGAGAGACACGCAAGGAUCCACACCGGGGAGAAACCUUACCAGUGUGACGAGUGUGGGAAGAAGUUCAGUCAGGAAAGUACUCUUACGAGGCACAAGAGGAUCCAUAAUGGAGAGAAGCCGUACGAGUGCGACGUGUGCGCUAAGAAGUUUGCCCGGUUUGGUACUCUUACUCAGCACAGCAUGAUUCAUUCUGGUGCGAAGCCCUUCGAGUGCAAGGUGUGCGCGAAGAAGUUCUCCGAUCCCUCAAAUCUACGCCGCCACGAGGGCAUUCAUGCUGUACAGUAACCCAGAAAAAAGCUGUGCCAGUUUGUCGCUUCUUGACGAAUACUAAGGCUUUGGAAUGUGACGCGUGGAGAACGUACUUUCCUCAGAUAUUUCAUGCUCGUGAUGGCUGUUAGCAAAUAAUUUCAGUUCCUUUCUGGAAAGUUUGUAUAUUUGGUAAAACUAUUUCUGCAUUUGUAUGUUUGUGUUAUCAUAAUUGUGUGCGUUGACAAUAGUGAGUUAUAAUAAUAAGUGCUUUUCUCUUGUGAAGACUUUUUUUUUGUGAAGGUUAUUCGGUUUAAGCUAUUCAAAUCAAACGCGUGUACUCGCUCUGUGUUGUGAUAGCCCUCGGCUUGACUUGUUGAAUGACAGCGUCUGGCAAUUCCGAAGUAUGUAAAGAUUAGGCGUAUGAGCGUUUGGUGAAAGUAGCCAUAUUUGUGAAUUUUUGUCAUAGUCCACUUCGGUGUGCAAAACUUUUCUCGACGUGUUUUCGAGUACACCAAAGCACCGUCGUGCGGAACAUGGGAAUCUGUUACAACCGCUUUCAUGAUUUUAAUUAAUUUUGCUGCUUUCUCUUAUUACAUUUAUUCAUUAGCCUCCUGUCUGUGAAUUCUGUCUUGAAUUUGUCUGCUAUGUUCACUCAAGUGCACCAAGUGCACAGGUGCCACAUUUUUUGACGAGUGUGAAGGCUUUUGAGUGUGAUGCGGCCAGAAAGAUGUUCCCUCUGAGAUUUUAUGCCAUGCUCGUAACAACUUCACAGUUCAUAAUUUUGGUUGUAUACUCCUGUGAAGUCAGUUCUCUUGGUAGAACCGCCGUUAAGUUAAAGAGUGUAUUAAGUCUUGUUCUUUUCUUGUUUUAUUUUUUU